UAGCCUAUCGCGACUUCAGGGUGCCUGUGCCAGUCUCCUCGCGCCAGGUCUCACGUAGGCUUUUUAUCAUCUCACAUGACGAAAGCCUACUCCUUGACAUUCAACAUUCACCCACACUGAACCAGAAGCUAUCACCAUGACAAGGGACCAGAAUGGAACCUGGGAGAUGGAGAGUAAUGACAACUUUGAAGGCUACAUGAAAGCCCUAGAUAUUGAUUUUGCCACCCGCAAGAUCGCAGUACGUCUGACUCAGACAAAGAUCAUUGAUCAAAACGGCGAUAACUUCAAGACAAAAACCAACAGCACGUUCCGCAACUAUGACCUGGAUUUCACCGUUGGAGUGGAGUUUGAGGAACACACAAAGGGCCUGGACAAUCGGACUGUUAAGACGCUGAUCACCUGGGAAGGCGAUGUCCUGGUAUGCGUGCAGAAGGGGGAGAAGGAGAACCGUGGCUGGAGGCAGUGGGUUGAGGGGGACAAGCUGCACCUGGAGCUGACCUGCGGUGACCAGGUGUGCCAUCAAGUGUUCAAGAAGAAGUAAUGGCCCACGAGGGGGCCUGCUGAGCACGUGCUCCACACUUCCCACGUGGGUUCUCUGUGGGCUUAGGGAAGCAGGCCAUGGGGACCCUCCCCUCCUAACAGAGCCCAGUAAGGCAUCUGGAUGGGUUUUAAAACAGAAUGAGUGUGUUAACAGUUGACAAACAUAUACUUCCUUCGUUGAAACCUGGCAUUAAAUGAAAAAACAAAAAUCA